AUGUUGAAAGACAGUGUGAAGCUCUUGAACUUCUGGCCAAGUACAUUUGGCUUGAGAGUCCACUAUGCGCUGGAUUUGAAAGGGGUGUUCUACAAUUACCAGGAGGAGAGUUUGCCCAACAAGAGCAAGGAGCUUCUCGAGGCAAAUCCAAUCUAUAUGAAGAUUCCGGUUCUCAUCCACAAUAGCAAGCCUAUCUGUGAGUCUCUCAUCACAUUGACAGUGUGUGGCCUGGUUCUCACAAGCUCCCCAGAAGAUCCAUAUGAAAAGACUGUGGCUCGCUUUUGGGCAGACUUUGGUGACAAAAAGCACAAGAAAGCCAAUGAGGACUUCAAGUGGGCUCUAAUGAAAAUCAAUGAAGCUCUCGACACCAUCGCUCCAGGCAAGCCUUUCUUUGGCGGUGACACUAUGAACUUUGCAGAUGUUGCUCUGGCUCCAUUCAUCUGCUGGUUCAAAGGCUACCAGAAAGAAUUGGAGGAUGCCGCGAAUGCUGGAGCUGGAAGCAUGUCAUACGAGCAGAGCGGCAUUGGACAUGAAAUGAGGGAGAUCCCUUAUGAGGUUCUUAAAAAAGCUCGCAGCAGUUUUUCCGAUUUCGAGCUAGCAGACCCAGCAGAUGCCGAUGAUGGGCAUCUGCUGCAGCAAGCCUCACAGGGUUCAGGGGGGCCAGCAGAAUCUAUGGUGGCAAGCAUGGAGAACUGGUCCAGUGCUGGGACAAGCAGAGCAGCAAAAUGCAGAUCCUCAGAUGGAAAUUUGGUGAUAUUUUUUGAUACUGCUUCGGCUGAGGCACUAGAUGAUGCUGUUGCAGAGUUCUUCUUUGCCGAGGACAUCUCCUUCAACACAAUCUGA